GUUUACCUAAUGUAUGAGCACAACUUUUGUGGUUUGUUCAGGUAUACAAGAUAGACGUUUUAACUCAAUCAAACCAUUGGUGUGUCUUCAGACGUUACAGUGAAUUCUUAGCUCUCAAUCAGAAAUUGAUUAGAGUACAUGGAAUAGCGAGAGAUCUGUUGCCUUCGAAGAAGCUGACGGGCAAUCUGACGGCCGCUCACAUUGAGACGAGAAGAGAAGCAUUAGAGAGAUACUUACAGAAACUUGUUAAUAGUGAUCAUCACAUUGCAGCAUCUCAUGAACUCUCAGUGUUCCUUGAUGUCUACGAACAUGAUGUAUGUGCUGUGAUGAAGAAACUUGCACACCAUUUCUAUCUCUACGGUGACGAGCUGCUGGAGAAGAAGAUUGGAUUUUGUGCGACACCAGACCAAGUCUAUGGUAUAACCAAACAACUGAAAUUACCCGUCUACAAGUCAGAUGCUGUAGAUGCCAGUUAUGAUGUCGGUCAUGUGUACAGUUUUGUUUACAAUGUCACACAUGUGACCGUCUUGUUGGCUAUUCGACCUCUCGCUGUCAGUAGCAUGAGAUAUGAUUUGUCACUAUUCAAGUCUUUAGCAGUCUUGAAGAUCAGUUGUUGUGACUUGUCACUCAUUGAUGGUCUCAGCACUUUACAGAGUCAACUAACUCACAUGUCAAUACACAAGUCAUUGAAAUCAAUGCAGGAAUUGUUUGUUGAUUGUGUCAUAGCAAAACAAACGGUCAAUGAUAUUAAUCAGCUUGUGAUUUGAUGAUUGUGUGUGUGUGUGUGUGUGUGUGUGUGUGUGUGUGUGUGUGUGCACAUGUACGUGUGUGUGUGUGUAUGUUGUGUGUCCAUGAAGACAUGCAAAUGUCUUUAUGUAUGUGC